AUGGCGCAGAAAAGAGCCAUUGCAGGGAUCUUGAAGAAUUUUCAAAUCCGGGCAGUAAAGAAAAUGUUUUUCAAAUUUGACCCAUAUUCAGCAGAUGUGAGGUCGAUAAGGGAAGUGAUGUUUGCACUACAUGCAGAUAAAAUCCUCUCAACCAAUUUGAACUGCACACCUAAAGUGGAAAUUAUGUCCGAUCAAUCAGAGCCAGAGAUGAAAGUAGAUUUCAGUGAUGGCCAAAAGGUUUUAUUCAAAACAAAAAAUUUAACAACAUUGGACAUUUUGCUGAGGUUCCACCAGUUGUGUUCAGAAAAGGAUCCCAAGAAAACAGAAACAAAUGUUAUUGAUACAAAAUCAUCUCGAAAAAAAGUGUCUAAAAAAUGAUUCCGAGCAUCUAAUAUGUGUCUGAGAAUUGAUUUGUGUGUAGGCUGUGAGAGAAUUCAUAUGAUGGUGGAGUCUAUUUACAGAAUGCUGAAGAAUUGUUCUUCGGUUGUAUAUCAAUAUGAUGGGUGUGUCUGGAUAAAUUACGCUAGUACAGAAAAUCUUUGUGUACACUGAUGACAAACCUCGGAGUCUCUGGAAAUUGAGGGAUGUUUGAUGUGUUUGAGAUAGUGGUGCAUUGAUCACCUUAGUCAUUCAUUGAAAUGUAAGUUAUUCUUGUUCUUAAAGCUUGAUAGAUCAAUAACCAUUGUAUGUAAUGAGUGAAAAUAAGCUGUAAGUUUUGUUUUGAAGCAUGGUUUGAGACUAGAUAAUAAAGAGA